AAACUAAAGUGCAUAUGAAAGUAAGUGGAUCAGAAUAACUUUAUUGCUCAUUUAGUAGGAUAUGGGGUUUUCCUAACAUGGCUGUACAUCAAACAUUUUCCUUUCAACAACUUCAUAUUACAAGAAAGCUGCCCACUCACUUUCUCACUGUCAGACGCAUGUCUCAGUUGGGACACCUUAAGAAAAGAGGUUAAAACUCAGAUUGUUUCACACAUUAUGAUUCACUUCACAAUCCUGCAUUGUUUAACAAGUGUGUUAAAUGUUGCUAUCUUCUCUAAUCACUCAAUCAAUUUCUCACAUCAUACUGAGCAACAAAUAUAAUGCAUGUGGGUGAUAUUAUUCAUCCAACCCACAUACUUCCUGUGUUUUUUCUCUCCAGCAAAAACAAACCGAAGCGCUUCGGCCAGCAUCACUCUGUCAAACUGACAAGGAUACGUUAAGAUGCCUGACAGGUUCACUCUGCUCACGUUCAGCUUUUGUUUCAUACUUCACAAUGUUUGUAGUUGGAGCGUGAGUGAACCUCUCAACCACACGUUCAAUGACGACGACUCUGUCAGUGUCACAUGCAUGUUUAAGGGAGAAGAAAAGUUUGAAUUGGACGCUAAGUUGAAAAUGAAUGAUAAAUAUGUUUGUGAGGUUUAUAACAAAAGCCAAGAACAUGUCGUGAAUAAACAUGACUGUACAUGGCAGCUCAAGGACAGCAAAUUCACGUUCACCUUAAUGAAACCUGAGGGCUUACACAAAAAUGCAUUUUCCUGUGAGAUGUCCAAAAUUAAACCAUUUCCAGUCAAAACUCAAGAAGGACCGAAAAUUAAGCUUUUCCGAGGUUGCAAUAAGUCUUUGGCUCCACUGAAGAACAAUUGUCCAUCCACUAACCAAACAAAUAACACGGACAACAGAAGUCAAACACCUGCAGAAAUGUAUGCCCUGUUAAUCUGUGGUCUGAUAAUAGUGGUGGCAAUGCUGUCUCUCUACAGCAUUAUUCUUACUGUAGUCUACAUCAGAUUGAGGGUCACAAAUACUGAGUCUUCUGAUACACUGACCUAUGUCCCAAUGCAGAGGAAUGUAAACCGGCGUGAUCAAGACAACACCGAAUAUGUGGACAUGCGUGAAGUGCAGAAAAGGGGAAGAUCCCACAGAGAUAUGAACCACAACUCUCAUCUUAUUAUUGCCUGAGCCCAUUUGUAAUGGCAUCAGUGAGCUCAUGCUUUAACUGCACUUGGACAAAACUAUUGCCUUUCUACCAAACAAAACAGAUUUUCCCAAAUGCUUGAAUCUGCGUAUUGCAGCUGCACCGCACACGUUACGCAGUCUUGAUGUAUCUCUGUGAAUCUCUGUGUCAGAUGGUUUAAUCUGGUGGCUUGUACAACCUAAUGCUGAAUUGUAGCUAUGCCAAGCUAAAUGUAUUUAGUUUGGGCAUUUUUUUAUUAUUAUUUUGAUCCCAUGGACCAAUAAUCAAUGAUAAUAUGAGUUUUGUUUAGUGGUUUUAACAACCAAAAAGUUUUUUUCUAACAAUAAAUAUAUAAAACAGA